AUGAGAUGGCAGGAAUCCCACCUGCUGUCUUGUUUGUUUGCCUGGCUUACAUCCCCCUUACAUUUGAAAGAAACCCUCAGCCCUAGCUCUGGGGUGAAUUCUCCCCCCAAACGAGGCCGGAAAUGUGGCCAAUCCAAUACUGAGGAAACAAACACCAAGCAUGCCAAGGCCACCACCAAGAGUGAUGUUGAGGGGAGUGGUGAGGAAGAACCAGAGGCUGGAAAGGGCACCACAAAGGGAAAGAGCGGUGGUAAGAAGCAAUACUUUACCAUCCCCCACAUAAUCCACAUGGACUCCACUGGAUUCCACUGGCUUCCACUGGAUUCCACUGGACUGGACUGCCAAUCACAAAACUGGACUCCACUGGACUCUCCCAACACAAAACUGGACUGGACUGGACUGGACUGA